AUGCUGGCACAAGUAAUGGAGUGCUGUCAGAGAGGCAUGUUGAUAUGGAGUCCCAAGGAGGCUCAACCAAUGGGCUACUAUAGGAGGGAGACAGUGCCAAUGACUCCCAUGCUAGCUCUAUCAAAGGUGAUCUGGGUGCAUGGGGAUUACACAGAUGUUGAGAAUGAUUUUGGUACUGGUGAUAAGAUUGUCUUACAUAAUAUUUUUUCACCAGUCAUCAUGCAGGAUGUGCAACAUCACUGGAGUGAGCAGUUGUAUUGUGCUUAUGUAACACCUUCACCCCAGCACAAUCAACCAACAAACAUCUGGCUGGCCAUCACUGCUGAAAAUGCCAAGCAGAUGGUUGAGGAAGCUGCCAUGGUUACAAUGCAGGUGAUGAAAGGGCUUCAGGGCCAGGACAGUAAGCACUGGAGGAAAGUGGUUGAGAUUGUGUGGGCCCAGCUGGGCAUGGUCCAAAUGGUUGUUGACCAUCUCCCCCCAGCAUUCAAGUUGCUUCUGCAUCUUAUUGCCAUUAAAUGGACUCCUUUCAACCAGAUGAUGACAGAUCAUGCAUGGUAUCAACUUUGCCAGCAGCCCAAGUCUCACCCAUAUUACAAGGUCAUGGAGGAGCUUACCUGGCCAUUGUUGAGGGCCAGGCAGCAGGCACAACCUGUGGAUAAGGGGAAGGGGAAAGAAUUGGGUACAGAUGGGGAUCAAGGGAUUCAGGUUCCAGACCCUACAGCUAGGACCACUGGAGUGGUGAUGCAGAGACCAGGAAAUGAAGAUGAUCAGAGCAGGGAGAAGGCAUGGGGCCAUAGCCAGUCAAGACAUGGCUAG